AUGGUCCUACUAGGCGCAAGGAAACCACCCUCCCGCAGGGGCUCCAUGGCGGACAUGCCCAAGGAUCUGAAGGAGCAGAUCGACAAGUUGGAAGAUAUGUUUGUUGUUCCCACCGACAAGCUGAAGCAAAUCUCGGAUCACUUCGUUGGAGAGCUCGAGAAGGGCUUAUCGGAAAAGGGCGGAAGCAUUCCCAUGAUUCCCACCUGGUGUAUGGCCUUUCCCGAUGGCAACGAAACCGGCAGCUACCUCGCGCUCGACAUGGGUGGUACCAAUCUGCGUGUCUGCGAGGUUACUUUGACGGAAGAGAAGGGCGAGUUCGAGAUUAUCCAAUCCAAGUACCGCAUGCCAGAAGAGUUGAAGACCGGUACUGCUGAGGAGCUUUGGGGCUACGUUGCCGACUGUCUCCAGCAAUUCAUCGAAUACCACCACGAAAAUGAGGAGCUCGACCACCUGCCACUCGGUUUCACCUUCUCGUACCCCGUCUCGCAAGACGCCAUCGACCACGGAGUUCUUCAGCGAUGGACAAAGGGCUUCGAUGUAGCCGGUAUGGAGGGUGUAGAUGUUGUACCAGGUUUCAAGGCGGCUCUCGAAGAGCGUGGUGUACCCAUCAAGCUUGCGGCUCUAGUCAACGACACGACUGGUACUAUGAUUGCUUCCGCGUAUACCAACACCAGCAUCAAGAUCGGUUGCAUCUUCGGUACCGGCUGCAACGCCGCCUAUAUGGAGGAGUGUGGCGCCAUCCCCAAGCUGAAGCACAUGAACCUUGACCCCAAGCUGCCAAUGGCUAUCAACUGCGAGUGGGGCGCGUUCGACAACGAACACCAGGUCCUCCCAAGGACAAAGUACGAUGUCAUUAUUGACAAGGAGUCACCACGCCCUGGUCAGCAAUCUUUCGAGAAGAUGGUCGCUGGUCUGUACCUUGGCGAGAUCUUCCGUCUAGUCCUUCAGGACCUACACAAGGGUAACGAAUGCCACAUGUUCGAGGGCCAGAACACCAGCAAGCUCGACAAGCCCUACUCGCUUGACGCAGGUUUCCUGUCUCAAAUUGAGGAGGACCGAUUCGAGAACUUGCAAGAUACACACGAUCUGUUCCAGGAGAAGCUCGGCCUCGAUUGCUCCAAGCCUGAACUCGAGCUCAUCCGCCGCCUCGCUGAACUCAUCGGUACGCGCGCUGCCCGUCUUACCGCAUGCGGUGUCUCCGCCAUCUGCAAGCACAAGAAGUGGGACGAAGUUCACGUCGGUGCCGAUGGCUCCGUCUUCACAAAGUACCCACACUUCAAGGUCCGCCAAGCUCAGGCACUCAAGGAGAUCAUGGGCUGGCCGAACAAGUAUGGCAAGGGCAAGGGCGACCCCAUCGAGGUGCUUCCCGCUGAGGACGGCUCUGGUGUCGGUGCCGCCCUGAUUGCUGCGCUUACUGUUAAGCGCGUGCAGCAGGGUCAGCUGGCUGGUAUUAGGGAUGCGGAGACUCUUCUGUCCAUGGUCCCGAAGAAGUGA